CACUACACGAGCUAAACAGCUGCCCGUGGGGCCGGUGUCUUGGGUCGUCGGACUCUCAAAGGAGCGCACGAGCGUGAGAGAGGAAGGAAGCUCCGCGAGGGACGAUCGGAGGAUGGCUCCAGGCGCUGCAGCGGCGGAUACGUCGACGCAUGCCUACGGCGAAGCGUCGUACUGGGACCAGAGGUACAGCAAAGACCGAGGCACCUUCGAUUGGUACCAGAAAUACCAAAGCCUCGGUCCGCUCUUCGAUCUCUACCUCCGCCGCCACCAUCGCCUCCUCCUCGUCGGAUGUGGGAACUCAGUUCUUGGUGAAAGCAUGGUUGAUGAUGGUUACCAAGAUGUUGUCAACAUUGAUAUAUCAUCUGUGGUGAUAGAAGCUAUGCAGGAAAAGUAUUCUGAUAGACCGAGGCUCAAAUAUAUCAAAAUGGAUGUACGAGAAAUGAGUUCUUUUGAAUCAAGUUCAUUUGACGCUGUUAUUGACAAAGGAACUCUUGAUUCUCUCAUGUGUGGACCUAAUGCUACAGAAAAUGCAACUAAGAUGUUGAAGGAAGUUGGCAGGGUUCUCAAUGACAAAGGAGUAUACAUUCUGAUCACCUAUGGCGAUCCAAGUUAUCGAUUGAAUCUGUUAAGGGGUGUUGAACUUUGGAAUAUAAACAUGCAUGUAAUAGAUAGGACAGAGAAGACUCCAGGGCAGAAAGCUUGGGAAUUGACCACUCCAUUGCCAUUGAAUGAGGAUGGUAGCUCGGUUUCUGCAGUUCUUGGUUCAAACCCUGAAGUCCAUUACAUAUAUGUCUGUAUCAAGGGUGAACGCCGAUGAGCAAAUCAACGUACACACAGAUUCUAGAGGUAAAAGAUCCCAUGAUUAUGGACCUUGUACUACCACGACACUGCAGUGAAGGAAAGAAUCAAUUUAUUCCAUUUCUGUUCCCUGAAAGGACUUGAGCUGGAUUUUCAAGUUAAUUCUCGUGAUGAAGUUUGUUGUACGUUUACUCUUCUCUUCUUAUUGGUUUGUGUAUGUCAUCGUUUUUAAAGAUAUGAGAGGCUAGAUUGGUACUCUUUCUUGUCACAUCUUUCUGUUAGAGUUUGCUGAAAUUAAACUGUGUGCAUGGCGAUGUCGCCUUUCUUUCGUUGAACAUUCCUAAUUCAUUAAACAAUGAUAUUGUUGCCCAUUUUUGUUUGUAGUUCUUAUAGUAAUGCAUGUUAUUGCUGAGCCU